GAUACUGUAGACGUUCCGCAGCAGCAGCAGACUCAGCGAUUUCUCCUCGCGGCAGCGGUGGCGGCGGCGGCAGCGGCGCGCGUUCAGUGUAAGGCCUGCAGCGGCCAGUGUCAGUGGUGUAGUUAAUAUAUCUUUUAGUGUAUAUAGCACGAAGGCACAAGCAACAGCUCGCUCGGCAGCUCUCUUCGCCAAGAAAGAGACACACGCUCCGUGUCGAUCAUCGUGUGUGAGUGUGUGCACAUCAUCACGCUGGUCGUCGCGCGGGUCGCAUCGAUUAAUGCGCGGCUUCUUGGGCCUCGCGUGGCAGUGAUCAUGAAGAAGGAACACAAAAUACCCAAGUAACAAAAGCAGCGCAAGGAAUCGCGUGAGGGCAAGGAGAGAGAGAUAGAGUAAACAGCAAAAUAGAGAAAAGAAAGUACAAGGAAAGAGGAGCAGGAAAGAAAAGCUGACGGCUCGAUUAAAGUUUCAAAAUGAGCGAGAUACCAGGAUCGGCGAGUUUCCUUCACCUCGGCGACAUUGUCAGCCUGUACGCCGAGGGCAAUGCCUCGGGAUUUCUGUCGACUUUGGGACUGGUCGACGAUAGAUGCGUCGUGUGCCCCGAAGCCGGCGAUCUGAGCUGUCCCCCACAAAAAUUUCGAGAUUGCCUGUUCAAAAUAUGCCCGAUGAACAGAUACUCGGCCCAGAAUCAAUUCUGGAAGGCCGCGAAGCAGAGCGCCACAUCGACCACCGAUGCAGUAUUACUCAAGAGAUUACACCAUGCGGCGGAGAUCGAGAAGAAACAAAACGAAGCCGAGAACAAAAAGCUGCUGGGUUCGAUCGUCAAGUACGGAAACGUCGUCCAGUUACUUCACCUCAAAUCCAACAAAUACCUGACGGUGAACAAGCGUCUGCCCGCGCUGCUCGAGAAGAACGCCAUGCGCGUGUACCUGGACGCCAACGGCAACGAGGGCAGCUGGCUCUACGUCAUGCCGUUCUAUAAGCUGCGCAGCGACGGUGACAAUGUCGUAGUGGGCGACAAGGUCAUACUCGAACCCGUUAACGCUGGCCGCCAGGGCCUCCACGUAGCGGCCAAUUAUGAGCUCAGCGACAAUCCCGGCUGCAAGGAGGUCAACGUCGCGUCGGGCGCGACCUCCUGGAAGGUCACCCUGUUCAUGGAGCACCGCGAGAACCAGGAGGAGAUACUCAAGGGCGGCGACGUCGUCAGGCUGUUUCACGCCGAGCAGGAGAAGUUCCUCACCAUGGACGAGUACAAGAAGAAGCAGUACGUGUUUCUGCGCACCACGGGCCGCACCAGCGCGACGGCGGCGACGAGCAGCAAGGCCCUGUGGGAGGUGGAGGUGGUGCAGCACGACCCGUGCCGCGGCGGCGCCGGCCACUGGAACUCGCUGUUCCGCUUCAAGCAUCUGGCCACCGGCCAGUAUCUCGCCGCGGAGAUCGACCAGGACGAGCCGGCCGCGGAAGGCGGCAAGGCCAAGAACUUCCGCCUGGUCUCGGUCUAUCACACGGACGAGAUCAGCUCGCUGUUCGAGCUCGACCCGACGACGAUGACGCGAGCCGACAGUCUCGUGCCGCAGUCGUCGUUCGUGCGGCUGCAUCACAUCUGCACCUCGACCUGGGUGCACUCGACCAACGUGCCCAUCGACAAGGACGACGAGAAGCCCGUCAUGUCCAAGGUGUCGAGCGUGCCCAACAAGGAGGACAAGGAGGCGUUCGCGCUGCGCUCGGUCACGCCCGUGGAGGUGCGCGACCUCGACUUCGCCAACGACGCCUGCAAGGUGCUCGAGUCCAUCAGUCGGAAGCUCGAGUCGGGCACGAUAUCGCACAACGAGAGGCGCUCCGUGACGAGUCUGCUGCAGGACAUCGUGUACUUCAUCGCGGGCCUCGAGAACGAGCAGAACAAGUCCGAGGCGCUCGAGUUGAAGGUCACGAGCCCGGUGAGGGAUCGGCAGAAGCUGCUGCGCGAGCAGUACAUACUCGGCCAGCUGUUCAAGAUACUGCAGGCGCCGUUCCUGGAGUCGGCUGCGGGCGAGGGGCCGUUCCUGAGGAUCGAGGAGCUCAACGAUCCCCGCCACGCCUCGUACAAGUACAUGUUUCGGCUGUGCUAUCGCAUACUCAGGCUGUCGCAGCAGGACUACCGGAAGAAUCAGGAGUACAUCGCCAAGCACUUCGCGUUCAUGCAGAAGCAGAUCGGCUACGACAUACUGGCCGAGGACACGAUCACGGCGCUGCUGCACAACAAUCGCAAGCUGCUGGAGAAGCACAUCACCGCGGCGGAGAUCGAGACGUUCGUCGGCCUGGUGCGCAAGAACAUGAGCAACUGGGAGUCGAGAUUCCUGGACUACCUCUCGGAUCUCUGCAUAUCGAACAAGAAGGCCAUCGCCAUCACUCAGGAAUUGAUUUGCAAAAGUGUCCUUAGCGAAAAGAACAAAGACAUUCUCAUUGAUACGAAUACGAUGAAGAUGCAAGUGGAAUUCGAGCCCGGCUACAACAGCCAAGAGGACGACGAGCAGGAAUACGAGCUGGCCCUGGAGGACGAGGUAUUCCUUUCGUGGACCAACGGCAAACGCCCGAUGUCGCUGAGCGAACUGUCGAGAGACGCCAAGGCGGGAAGCCUCGAGGCCGCGUCGAUCAUCGAUUACUACAGGCACCAGUUGAACCUGUUCAGCAAUAUGUGUUUGAACAGGCAAUACUUGGCUCUGAAUAAUUUGUCGCCGCGGCUCGAUAUCGAUCUCAUUCUCAAAUGUAUGGAAGACGAAACGGUACCUUAUGAUUUGAGGGCGUCGUUCUGUCGUCUUAUGCUUCAUUUGCACGUGGACCGAGACCCGCAAGAACAAGUGACACCGGUCAAGUACGCCAGGCUUUGGUCUGAGAUACCCUCCAAAAUGAACAUACAAGAUUAUGACAAAAACAAACAUUUGGAUCCAAACAAGGAAUCCGUGAGAGCAAGAUUCAGCACUACGAUUGAAUUCGUCGAGGAUUAUCUUACCAACGUGGUAGAAAAAGCUUGGUCGUUUUCUGAUCCAGAGCAAAACAAAUUGACGUUCGAGGUAGUAAAGUUGGCCAGAGACUUGAUAUACUUUGGAUUCUACAGCUUUACCGGACUAUUGACUCUCACGAAAACAUUGCUCAACAUUCUGGAUUGUGCGUCCGAUCACGAGUCGUCGGAUGGAAUAGUGCCCACCGGAGAUAUCGAUUCCGAGGGUGGUGUACUACGAUGCAUAGGCGACAUGGGCGCCGUAAUGACUAAUCUCACUCUCGGGCCCGCCGGCCAAGUGAUAUCCGGCACUUCCUCAUCGUGUCCGAAAGCUCAAGCCCAGGCCAAGAAAGAGUACCCCUUGGUCAUGGACACGAAAUUAAAAAUAAUCGAGAUUCUGCAAUUCAUUUUGGAUGUGAGACUGGACUAUCGAAUCUCCUGUCUGCUCUGCAUCUUCAAAAAGGAAUUCGAUCAAAAUAAUCCAUCGGGCGAUCUUCUUGGACGCCAGAACAUCGAUCUCGACAGUAUCGGUGCGCAAGCCGAGGGAAUUUUCGGUAGCAGCAGCGAAGAGUGGGAGGGUCUGGAUCUGGACGGCGCAGGUGGUAGAACGUUUUUGCGGGUAUUGCUGCACUUGGCUAUGCACGACUAUCCUCCACUGGUCUCCGGAGCCCUUCAUCUUCUGUUCAGACAUUUCAGUCAAAGGCAGGAAGUUUUACAAGCCUUCAAACAAGUUCAACUUUUGGUAUCGGACAACGACGUCGAGUCUUACAAGCAAAUCAAAGCCGACCUGGACGUGCUGCGUCAGUCCGUGGAAAAAUCCGAGCUCUGGGUAUACAAGUCCAAAGCCACGGAAGAUCACAGCAACAAGCAAAAGAAAAAAUCCGGCAAUAGCAACAACAACAACAACAACAACAGCAAAGACGACGAAGACGAGGGCACGAGCGAAUCGAGAAAAACCAAGCCACAUCUGUCGACGAUGGACAAGAAGGGCUCGGCCAUCGAUCUCGACGUCGGGCCGCCCCUGCACGCCGACCAAGCCGAGGAGUAUCGCAAGAUCCAGCAGAUACUCAUACGCAUGAACAAGCUGUGCAUACAGACGCUGCACAACGGCCAGGUGAUACCGCGCAAGCACGAGCAGCGUCUGCUGCGCAACGUCGGCGUGCACACGAUCGUGCUGGACCUGCUGCAGGUGCCUUUCGACACGAAGGAGGACGUGCGCAUGAUCGAGCUCAUGCGGCUGGCCCACGACUUCCUGCAGAACUUCUGCCUGGGCAAUCAGCCGAAUCAGGUGCUGCUGCACAAGCAGCUGGAUCUCUUCCUGACGCCCGGCCUCAGGGAGGCUCAGACGGUCUGCAGCAUAUUUCAGGACAAUUCCACCCUGUGCAACGAGGUCAAUCCCAAAGUCAUACAGCACUUCGUGCAUUGCAUCGAGACGCACGGUAGGCACGUCCAGUAUCUGAAAUUCCUGCAGACCAUCGUCAAGGCGGAGAAUCAGUUUAUACGCAAGUGCCAAGAGCUGGUCAUGCAGGAGCUGGUGCAAGCCGGUGAGGACGUUCUCGUGUUCUACAACGAUCGUGGCUCGUUCAAUCAGUUCGUCGAAAUGAUGAGAUCGGAAAGACACCGGAUGGACGAGAAAAGUCCCCUGAAAUACCACGUGGAGUUGGUCAAGCUAUUGGCUUGCUGUACUAUGGGUAAAAAUGUCAAUACGGAGAUUAAGUGCCACAGUCUCUUGCCAUUGGAUGACAUCGUCGCGAUGGUAUCUCAUCAGGACUGCAUUCCUGAGGUGAAAGAAGCUUACAUAAAUUUCUUGAACCACUGCUACAUCGACACCGAGGUAGAGAUGAAGGAGAUUUACACGUCGAAUCACAUGUGGUCACUUUUCGAGAAAUCGUUCAUCGUCGACAUGGGCGUCGUAGCCACGGCCACGCACGAUCGAAAUCACGCCGACAAGAUCCUCGAGAAUUACGUCACCAACAGCGUCAUGAGCAUCAUCAAUACGUUCUUCAGCAGUCCCUUCUCCGAUCAGAGCACCGCUGUACAAAAACACCUGCACGAGGCCAGUCUCUAUUGGAAUGAGAAGGAUUUCGAGCGUAGUGAGACCUAUUACGUUGAUUAUACACGACAGCCCAUCUUCGUGCAGCUGCUACAUGCCGCUUUCAAAGUCUCGCAAUGUACUUGGCUCAGUCCGGGUCAGCGACUCAAUGUGGAAAAUUGCAUACGGACCCUCUCGGACGUUGCCAAAGGACGAUCAAUCGCAAUACCGAUGGAUCUCGAAAGUCAAGUUACUUCUAUGUUCGUCAAAGCCACGUUCCUUACCAGGCAGACGAACAAAUGGUUACAAGUGGCAAAAACGCCUAGAGUGGAGCGAAGUCCUAGUCAAUUGAUGCGAUUAGAUCGCACCAUCAUCGAAGGAUUGCAAGACAUUGUGUCCCUGUUGGAGGAGCAACUGAAGCCACUGGUCCAAUCGGAACUGUCCCUGCUCGUCGAUGUACUCUACCGGCCAGAGUUAUUAUUUACUCCAAAAACUGAAGCUCGCACGAGAUGCGAAAAUGGAGGGUUUAUUCGACGGCUCAUCAAACACACGGAAAAACUAUUGGAAGAAAAAGAAGAAAAAUUAUGCGUCAAAGUGUUGAGAACUCUCAGGGAAAUGAUGGCCAUAGAUCCAGAGUAUGGAGAAAAGGGUGAAACUUUGCGCAACAACUUGCUAACGCGAUACUUCGGAAAAAAUUUCUUGGCGAAGCCCGAAAACGUGGACAUAGGAGCUCCCUGCACAAUUUCAGUCACCCACGGACCAGGCGCGAAACUAUUGAGUCGAGCCGGGCGUACUCUGCACGAGGUGCAGAGCCACUUGGACCGCGAAGGUGCCUCGGACUUGGUCGUCGAGCUCGUCAUAAAAAGCGUCCACUCGCCGAGUAUAUUUGUCGAGGCUGUUGAACUCGGAAUCGCGCUGCUCGAGGGUGGUAAUCCGAUAAUCCAAAAGAGCAUGAUUACCAAACUAAUGGGCGGUGAUCUCAGUCAAUCGUUCUUCAAGGUAUUUUACGAUAAGAUGAGAGAUUCUCAGCAAGAACUGAAGGCGACCGUAACUGUCAACACGUCGAAUAUAGCAAUCAAGUCGCAGGAAGGCAAGGAGCAUGCUGUCGACAAUGACAAAUUGUCGAAGAAAAAGAACUUAGGCAAACCAAAGCGCAAUCUUGUGAUCACAGAGGACCUGCGCGACGAGCUGAACGACGUGGCCGCGUUAACGGGACAGGCUUACUCGAGCGUGCGCAACUCGUCGUCCGAGGAUUCUCUGCUGCUCAACGGAGUCGCCAACGGUGGCUAUCUGUCCGAGGACACGAUCGCCGAGAAGUUGGAGCGUCAGCGCGGCGUCGACAACGCCAACAGGGACGAGAGGCAGCUCAACGCCAAGGUCCUCGUCAUGCAGCCGAUACUCCGAUUUUUGCAACUGCUCUGCGAAAAUCACAACAGAGAGCUCCAGAAUUUCUUGCGUAACCAGAACAACAAGACGAACUUCAACUUGGUCUCGGAGACGCUGAUGUUCCUCGACUGCAUAUGCGGCUCGACGACCGGAGGUCUCGGCCUGCUCGGUCUCUACAUCAACGAGUACAACGUCGCGCUGAUCAAUCAGACCCUCGAGACUCUCACCGAGUACUGUCAGGGCCCGUGCCACGACAAUCAGAACUGCAUAGCGACGCACGAGUCCAACGGGCUCGACAUCAUCACCGCCCUCAUCCUCAACGACAUCAAUCCGCUCGGCAAGUCGCGCAUGGACCUCGUGCUGGAGCUGAAGAACAACGCCAGCAAGCUUCUGCUGGCCAUCAUGGAGAGCCGAGGCGACAGCGAGAACGCCGAGAGGAUAAUGAACAACAUGAAUCCCAAGCAGCUGAUCGACGUGGCCUGCACGGCCUUCUAUCAGGAGUCUCUGGUCGAGGGCGACACGGACGGCGACGAGGCUUUCGACGACGACGACGAGGCUGUCUCUCCCAAAGAGGUCGGGCACAACAUUUACAUUCUGUGCCAUCAGCUGGCGCGCCACAACAAGGAGCUCCAAGCCAUACUCAAACCCGUGGAACAGGGCACCUCCGAUCAUAAGAUCAACAAGGCACUGCAGUAUUACGCUUCGCACACCGCACAAAUUGAAAUUGUCAGAAACGACCGAACGCUCGAGCAGAUCGUGUUCCCGAUACCGGAGAUCUGCGAGCUCAUAACUCACGACACGAAGAUACGCGUGCUGAAUACCGCAGAGCGCGACGAUCAGGGCUCGAAGGUCUCGGACUUUUUCGAGCGCACCGAGGACAUGUUCAACGAGAUGAAGUGGCAGAAGAAGCUCCGCGGCCAGCCGAUGCUCUUCUGGGUCAGCAGUUACAUGUCAACCUGGAGCAACAUACUGUUCAAUUUGGCCGUACUUAUUAAUAUUAUCGUAGCGUUCUUUUAUCCUUUCGCAUCCAAAGUGCCACAUAUCAAUUACCACUUAUCCGGUUUCUUAUGGGCGUUCAUGAUGAUAACUGCGGCCAUAUCCAUGUGUCUUGGCAACAAAAACGCGAUACGAUGGUUCCUUAUAUCGACGCUGGUGCGACUAGUAUACUCCAUGGGACCCGAGCCGACUCUGUAUCUACUUGGUUUCGUUACCGUCGUCUUUAAAGUCGUGCAUCUUAUAAGUAUAAUAGGGAAUCAGGGUACUUUAACCAAAAGCGUGAAGCAGAUAGUCACUAAUUUCGAAUUACUCUACCACAUACUUUAUCUGAUAUUCUGCGUACUUGGCAUAUGCAUGCAUCCAUUCUUUUUCUCCGUUUUACUCUUCGAUGUGGUCUAUCGCGAGGAAACUUUGUUGAAUGUCAUAAGAUCAGUCACUCGCAACGGAAGGUCGAUCAUUCUCACAGCUGUUCUGGCGUUAAUUUUGGUUUACAUAUUCUCAAUCUGUGGGUACAUGUUCUUCAAGGAUGACUUUUUGAUCAGCGUCGACGAGGAGCUCGAUGAUUCCGUAACCGAAGUUGUGAAUGAAUUUUGUACAAAAGAAAAUAAAACUUGCGAAAUCAGCGAAACAGCAUCAUCUUAUGCCAAGGAACAAAACGAUAAAACGAAUUGGCUGCCAAGCGGAGAAAAAGUCAAUGUAGGCGGAGAACUGAAGGAGAGAGCUUGCGAUUCUCUUGUAAUGUGCAUCAUCACCACACUAAACCAGGGUCUUCGAAAUGGCGGUGGAAUUGGCGACAUAUUAAGAGCACCAUCUAGCACUGAACCACUGUUCUUUGCACGAGUUAUCUACGAUUUGCUGUUCUUCUUCAUCGUCAUUAUUAUUGUACUUAAUCUUAUUUUUGGUGUCAUCAUCGAUACCUUUGCCGACUUGCGUUCCGAAAAGCAACAAAAGGAUCAGAUAUUGAAAAAUACUUGUUUUAUAUGCGGUCUCAACCGAUCGGCUUUCGAUAAUAAAACUGUCUCUUUUGAGGAACACAUAAAACACGAACACAAUAUGUGGCAUUAUCUUUACUUCAUUGUUUUGGUCAAAGUCAAAGAUCCGACUGAAUUCACUGGGCCAGAAUCUUAUGUCUACAUGAUGGUUAAGGAUCGAAAUCUCGAUUGGUUCCCACGAUUAAGGGCAAAGUCUCUUGCCGCAGACGAAGGUGAAGGAGAGCAAGUUGAGUUGAGGAGUCUUGCAGGCCAGUUAGAAAUGACUCAGGAGUUGGUUAAGGCAUUAUCUAAUCAACUUACUGAACUGAGGGAUCAGAUGACUGAGCAGAGAAAGCAGAAGCAACGAGCAGGAUUAUUGAACUCCGCAACAGCCCACAAUGUUAGCGUGAAAUAUGACAAUUUCAAUAGGUCGAUGCAACCGAUUGCUUCCCACUUGAAUGAUGUUGAAUCUUAAGUUAUCGAUUUUUUACGAAGCUCAAUUCAAAUUUGCUGAAGGACAUUGCGUAUGAAUUGUGUGCGGUUAUGUUCCUAGUGACGACGAGUGUAUUGGUUUCUUAUGUGGAUAGUAGGAAAUCUAAUUUUAAAGUAAGAAUUAUGUUUAAAAAAGAACGAUUAUCUCGUAUGAGAUUAAAAAUUUAAAAGGAGUACGUACAGUUAAAUUACUGGAAAAGUUGAGCAAAAACUAUUAACUUUUGAUGGUUUGAAUUAAUUCAUAGUUAUGAAUAUUUUCUUAUAGUUAGUGUAUUUGUUAAGAUCCAGAGAUGUUCAGAGUAUAUUGUACGUAAAUAAGAAGUUAUGUAGUACUUAAAAAUAGUGCAAUACCAUAAUUGUGAAAUAUAACCCAUGAACGCGUUUCAAAUAAUUGUAUAAGAUCAAGUUGAUAAUUGUAAAAACCUUUUGAAAUAUUUUCUUAGCUUUUAGAUAUAUUAUGCAAAUCUAUUUGUGGUAUACCAAAGGUAUGUCUAUCAAAUUUAUUUGUACCAUAAUGAAUUUUUAUAUAAGCACAGUAUAUUGUACAUUAAUCGAUAAAAUUUAAUAAUUUUCGUCGAUCGAAAAUCUAUUCAAGUCGGAGUCUCAAAUGUUCAUUGUUACAUAUUUCAUGUUAAAAAAGUGACAAUCGUUUUUAUUGAUAAUGUUCUUUGUAUAAAAUAUUGUUUUACGAUAACUUUAUUUCUAUAUAAAUAUAUAUGAAGGCAUCGGUCAAAAGCCAAUUUAAAUUUGACCAUACAGCGUUUAACAUUUAUACAUAUAUUUAUAUAGGCAUGUUAUCAUCUCUGUGUAUUUUGCCAUGUUAUGCGAUAGUUUAUGUGAUCAUAAAAUGAGUGAAUCAUUUAAAAUACUCAUUUCACGAAUCAAAAUAAAACCAAUGUAACAUGUAAUACUUGAACAGCUGAAAUCAGAUCUCAGAGUACAGUAAAAUUUAA